AUGAGCUAUUGUAUAGAUCAUCCUUAAUAAAAAAUAUCAGCUAUUUGUGUUUCAUCUCAUAAAUGUUAGAGAAAACUGUGUGAUUAAUGUAUGAGCAAUCAUCUAAUGACCCAAUAAAAGCCACUUCCAAUAAAUAUUUUUUUGGAUAAAUUACAAGAGAAAGUCAAUUAAUAUAAGUUAAAGGAGAACUAGUAAAAAUAAUAGUUCAGAGUUGCUUUUAAAUGUGUUCUCGAUUCAACAGAAUAGAUGAUAAUAAAAUUAUAUAAAUAACUUGAUGAAUCUAUUGAAAAAAUAUUUAGCAAGAUGGAAGAAUAAGAUUAAUCAUACAUUAAUCUCUUAGACAACAAUUCCAAUCCCACAGAUUCUUCAAUUAAUGAUUUAGAAUAGUUAGUUUAAAUUUUGGAAGGAAAUACAUUAGAAGAUUGGAAUAACUAAAAAAAUUAUUAUAUGUUAUAAUUGGAGACAUCCAAAAAUUGGUUGGAAUAAGAGAUGAAAAAUUUUAGUAAAAAUUUCAAUUUUGAAAUGAGUGAAAUAUUGUCAAAUUUUAAGUAAAUAUUUUCUAUAUAAAUUAGGAGCUAUUAAGAUAAAUAAUUUGUGUGGCAAGAAAGUAGAUACAUUGAGAAAAGUUUUUUAUGGAAUUAUUCAAAAGAAAGAUUUAUCAAUACUGAAUAUUAAAAAAUAUUUACUAAAUAAAAAGAAAUUUAAUAUAUUAGGGAAGGCUCAAUUUUAAGAAGGUAUUAUAUUUAUAUUGAAAACAAAAUAGUGAUAUAAUUAUUGACUCUUCCUAAAAACCCUAGAUGUUUAGUAACUUAGAGUAAAUCCAAUAUUUAAAUUGGAUUGGAGCUUAUGGAAAAUAUAAUUAAAAAGUUGGAAAAUGGUUAGCUACUUGGAAGGGAGAACCAAUAAACAAAGUUGGUGGCUAGUACUCAGACUAUGGAAGAAAAUUAGGGAAAUGGAAAGAGCUAAUCAAUAAUUAUUGGAGGUUAUUAAUUUUAAUUAUAUAAUAGCAAAGCAUAAGCUUACGAAAUUGGAGAGUAUGAAAAUGGAUAAAGAAGAGGAGCUUGGAAAUGUAUAUAUGGAGAUAAAGAAAUGUAUUUGAUAUACUUAUACAUUAAAGUGGUCAAGGAGACUAUAACUCAUAAGGUAGGAAAGAAGGCAAAUGGAUAGAAUUAACUGAUGGAUUUUGGGAUCAAUCUUAAGCUAUCUUUUAAGGAGAAUAUAGAGAUGGCAAAAAAGUUGGAUAAUGGGAUAUUAAAUUAAGAAGCGAAGGUUAGGAAGAAUUUGAAUUAAUGUAAAUAUCAUUAAAAGAAAAUUUAGCGGUGGAGGAUCUUAUAAUGAGUCUGGUGAUGAGGUUAAGAUUGGGAAAUGGAUUGAGUUGCCAGAUGGUUUCAAUAAUGAGCAAGAAGUAACCCUUAUUGGUGAAUAUGAAAAAGGUAAUAAAUUUGGAAGAUGGGACAUUUUAUAUAAGGGAGAUUAGAUGUAAUAAUUUUUUCAUCAUGUUUUAGUGGUGGAGGAUCUUAUGAUGAAGGAGGCUAAGGAAUUAAAAUCGGGGAGUGGAUUGAAUUAAAUGAUGGAUAUGAUAAUUGGAAAUAAAUAUCUUAUAGUGGAUAAUAUAAAAAUGGAAAAAAAGUUGGUAGAUGGGAUACCUAUUGGAAUUGGGAUGGAGAGAAUAAAUAGAUGUAAUGUCUAGUAUAUCCAAUUAUAGUGGUGGUGGGUUAUAUGAUGAAGAAAGAGUGGGGAUUAAGAUUGGUAGAUGGGUAGAAUUGAGUCAAGGAUUUAGAAAUAAUUCACAAGUCACUUACAAUGGGGAGUAUAAAAAUGGGAAUAAAAUAGGAAGAUGGGAUAUUAUGUGGAAAUAGGAAGAUGAGAAUGAGUUUAAAUUGAUGUAAGAUUUUGCAAAUAAAAUAUUUAAGUGGAGGUGGCCUUUAUGAUGAAGUAGAAGAUGGAACUAAAAUUGGAAAUUGGACCGAAUUGAGUGAGGGCUUUUGGGCUGAAUCUUAGGUGGCUUAUGUUGGAGAAUAUAAAAAAGGUAUAAAAAUUGGUAGAUGGGAUAUUUUAUAUCAUGGAAAAUAGAUGUAACUAAAAUUUUUAUAAAUGUUUUAGCGGUGGUGGGCUAUUUGAUGAAGAAGGAAACGGAUUAAAAAUUGGAAAAUGGGUGGAUAUAAGUGAGGGUUAUCAGUACGCUUCAAAUAUCAUUUAUAUUGGUGAGUAUAAAAAUGGAAAAAAAGUUGGUAGAUGGGAUGUUUUUGAUGAAGAUGAAUAAAUGUAAAAUAAUAUGUACGAUAGUUUAGAGGAGGGGGAUCAUAUGAUGAGAAAGGUGAGGGUAUGAAGUUUGGAAAAUGGAUUGAGCCGUGGGAAAAGUUUGAUUGGUAUAAUUCAAUAGUUUAUAAUGGUGAAUAUUUAAAUGGCAAAAAAGUUGGUUUAUGGGUGCAAUAGGGUAAAAGUAAUGGAGAGGAAAUUUAUAAAGAAAUCAGAUAUGAUAAUUGA